AUGGAUAGGAAGCAAAAGGCCCAAAAGGCCCAAUUUAAUGCGCUUUGCAUCAUCUCUCACAAACUAACUACACUCGUUCUUCUCAGACCAGUGGCUGGAUAUUGCUUUGGUGGGAGAACAGAGAAGUCAGAAAGAUUGAAAGAUAAAACUCACCCAAAACAAAUGGCUGCGGUUUCAGUCUCAGCAUUCUCACCUCUGGCAUCGCUCCGUACACCCAAUCGUUCCCAUUCCCUUGCAAUUCCCAUUCCUUCUCCAACACUUUCGUUCCGAAAAGUUUCCACCUCUUUCCAGCGUUUAACGCACAAGGACCAGAGGUCCCGUAUACCCACAAUUAUAAGGGCAGUCGAAGAGGAAACCCUAAUUCCAGUUGAAGGAGAAGAGCAAAAACAAGAAGAACCAGCCAGCAGCGAGCAACAGGAACAGCCCGUUUCGGUCCCCGUUUCGCCCUCCGACACUCUAACCAUGCUCUUUCAGGCAGAUGGAACAAUGAGUGACGCCGCUCUCCCUUCAGUAACCAAAGCCUUAGAGGAAACUCAAGGUAUUACCAACUUAAAAGUUGAAGUUGUUGAGGGUAUUGCAACUGUUGAGUUGACAAAACAAACAACAGUACAAGCUACUGGGGUGGCUUCCAGUUUGGUUGAGACCAUACAGAGUUCAGGAUUCAAGCUACAAACAUUGAAUUUGAGCUUUGACGAAGAAGAGGAAAUUGCUGUAUAG